UCUAAGUUGCACCCGACUUCUCAUCCGGCUCAGAUCUGGUUCUGCCACCCGCUAUUUAUGGAACGGGAGGGAUAGGGUCGGUGUCGUCGGCUAGUCGCUCAUCCAUUUGCUUCUCCUUGUCGGGCUGGUGUUAGGGCUAGGGUUUCGGCGAAUCAUCCCAUGGAGGAGAUCACGGAGGGAGUGAACAAUCUCAGCGUCACGGAUUCGAACAAGAAGAAUCGGAUCCAGGUUUCCAACACCAAGAAGCCGCUCUUCUUCUACGUCAACCUGGCCAAGAGGUAUAUGCAGCAGCAUAAUGAAGUCGAGCUUUCAGCUCUUGGAAUGGCCAUCGCAACUGUUGUCACCAUCACGGAGAUUCUUAAGAACAAUGGUCUUGCUGUUGAGAAGAAGAUUAUGACAUCCACUGUUGAUGUGAAGGAUGAAUCAAGGGGAAGACCUAUUCAAAAAGCAAAGAUUGAGAUAUUGCUGGGGAAGACAGAGAACUUUGAUGAGUUGAUGGCUGCUGCAGCUGAAGAGAGAGAUGUGGGAGGUGGUGAGGAGCAGAGCUGAAGAAACACUUUUGUUGUUCUUGGUUUUCUGUUUGGCAUGCCGGUUUUGUUUGUUUGCCUGGGCAUUAGAUAGUCCAUGAUUAUGCUGCGUUAAAAGCACUGCUUGUAAGUGUGCUUUCUUGUUCUUCAGCUGUCAUCUUAUCGUUGUAGCUGCCCUGUAGUAACUAAUGUCAUUUUUAGAAAUUGAAUUUGAAGAUCGUUUAUUCUUCAAGUAUGUUUGAUUUGCUUUAGGUGGGAAAUGCAUGAGAAUUUGUUU